GCUAGCUAAACAGUUACCAUUUGAACAUUUCCCAUUCCCAUUUACCUGCUUCCUUCCAACCGGAGUCACCGCACCGGAUUGAUCGAUUUAUCAAAGCUCCACUGCUCACGUCUGUAGGAGGUAGUCGCGGGAAAUUGGAACUAAAUCGAUAACCGAGCCCAAAAUAAACUUUUCAUGGACACACCGGCGGUGCCACUCGUGUCCUGGAUGCCAGGGCCGAGUGAGCAGAUUGCAGAAAAGUUCAAAGAUAACAUGCACUGUGAGGAGCAGCUGAGGACCACACUACACUGUGACGAUAAGGAAAAGCUUCGUAGGAAGUUGGCACUGUUACAGAGGGAGUACCUCAGGACAGCUGAGAGGCUACAGCGUGCUGAGCGUUUGGACGCAGUGCGGAGACAUGUGGGGAGCAGGAUCAGUCAGCAGGACCACCAAGACCAGAGAGACCCACAGGUGACAUCCAUCCCCUGUCCCCACCCACCUUCAUUGAUGCUGAACACCCCCAAAGGGACAGCCCCAAGCAUAGCUCAGUGCCAGAGACACACUGGAGGUCCAGCAGAUUCGGAUAACUCUGUUGCUUGCCCACAAACCCCAGAUCCCAGCCAUGACACAGCUAAAGGUCACAGAUCUACUCCCGCCCUGCGCCUCAGGUCUCAGCGCAGCCGCCUGCGCUGGGAAAGAAGGAGUGCUGGCAGGAGCACAGACGACAGCAGGGAGGAAGGACUGAGUCAGAGUGAAAGGAUGGAGACAGUUAGAACAGAAGGAAGUGAAGAGAGAGUCAAAAUAGAGGGAACAGAGGUGGUGAAUGAAAGUGAGAAGCUUUUUCCUAGUACAGACUCUGAAUCUCCUUCUCUGCUACCUACACACUGGAACUCUAGUGGUCAAACUGAAACAGGAGAUAUUGCGGGUAAAGACAUACAAGUCCUACAAAAGCAAAGGGAAAAAGAGACUGAGUUGAGAGCGGAAGGGAAAAUAGAGUCAGAGUCAACCUCUUUAUUGCUCACAGGUGGGCACCCUGCUGUACACGCUGAAGGAAUGGAACGAGAUGUCACACAAAAUGGAAGAAAUAAGGAGACAGAGGAAGGGAAGGAAAAUAGGAAUACUAAAGGGCAGAGGGAUGUAAGGCUGUGUGAAGAAAGCAGUAAUAAAGACACUGAUAAAAAUGCAGCAGAGGAAAUAGUAAAUGAAAAAAGUCAUGAUAAUACAGCUGAAAUAAAUGAAGGAAAAAGGGAGUUGAUUGAAGGAGAGCAUGAUGUAAAGGGUGUGGGUCUCCUGGACUCCUGUACCCUGGUGGAUGGACUACUUUUCCCAGCUGAGUACUACGUUCGAACCACAAGACGUAUGACAUCUUCACAGAGCCAGCCUGACAUGCAGGCCGUUAUACUUUCCCAGCUCAGCGCUGGACGACAUCGCCGCAGCAGAGGAUUGAACAGGCGCACAAACAACCCUGAACGAUCUCCACACACUGGGACCAGUUUGUCCUCACUGGCGACUGCACCUGUAGAUCCCCUAAUGGAAUCACAGUCUGCCGACACAUCUGCUGAGCUGAACAGUCAGAGCUCAAGUGAGAUUUCAGAUCAAAUAUCAGCUUCAUAUCAUCAGGUCAUUGAUGCUCGACUUUCUCCUACGGCCAUCACUGCUCGUCCAGCAAGAGGUAGGAGGAAGAGAAGGGGUAGGGGCAGAGGGAGACCUCAGACCCCACGAGGCUCGAUAGACACCCAUCGACUAGGCCUUGGAGAAACCUCCCACAAUCCCCUGCCAACCAGCUCCCUGCUCUCUUCCUCCUCGUCUCUCCAUGGAGCUGAUAGACCAAAGCCCCGCCUCACUCUGGGAGAAGCUGUUCCAAUGCAGGACGACCCCCAGUCUGUGUCUAUCCUCAGCACAGACACACAACCCUGCUCUGGAGAUGAUGGAGCUCAGGUCAGCUCUGCCUCUGGACAUCUGGGAAAGUUCUUUCCCAUCUUUCUUAAGAACAGCAACGCGACUAACGGAUCCACACAGAUGAGUAGAAGUGCAGCAAGCUUGCAAUCUCUCCUUUUGCCCUCCUCCUCACCUGCCCAAAUGUCUCUGUUUCCUCUCCCCUGUCUGUCCCCCCACCCGCUGGUCAACAAGCUGAUGAACUUUGACAUUACACAAGAUUUCCAUCUCCCCGAUGACCAGUUUGCUUCCCUAAAGCUGCACAAGCUCCGCCAAGUCGCUGUGGAUUCAGGAGUUGAAUAUUUUCCAUCGCCUUCUCACAACUUACGCAGGAGCAACCGGCGCUCUGACACUCAGAGCAGCAGUGACACAACGAUGCCUCUUCCGCUCUCGCUUAGCCUCACGCCCACAGUGGCCAACUCACCCCACCCCCCCGAACCAAAACAAGCUGCUACACAGUCUGUAAACUUCCUGAACUUGUCAAUAGAUCACAAGCUUGAAGAUAAAUUGACAAGCCAGUCCUUAACUGAGGGGUCAGCCGAACAAGAUAUGGAAAUCCCUGGAGAGCAGCAUACUGAAAACCUUUACCCAGAGAGUCCGAUUUACAUCGCCUUAACAGAGUCUGUGUCUGUGGUUCAAGAUUGUGCUGCUGACUGUGCUGAUCGAUAUGUAGAGCAAGAUGCUGUGAUUCUGAAUACUCAUAGCCAAAGAAGCGUCUCAGCAAGCAACACACACAGAACUGCUGACCACCCUGUCAAACCACAGCCUCACGUCACCUUUGCAGACAGACCUGCAUGCAAAGUCAAUGAUUACGUCAUCAGGCGCUCAGAUGAACUUCAAAUAAAAGAGUCUUUCAUCAUUUCAUCAGAAGAACAAACUGUUUGUCCUGGUGUAGUCCAUCCUUUGGAAGACCAGAGGUCUACAAACCAAACAGAAGACAAAGCUACCAUCAAGACUCUUUCCUUAGAUUGCCCUAUACAGGAAACCCUGGAGGACCCUCCUAACUGCUGCACUGCUGUACAGUUUUGUAAGAACAGUGAAGCUCGAGGGGCGUCUCCUGUGCAGCAUCUGAAUGCUGCCAAAGAUUCAAAAGAAACUACUACAAGUUCUCCCAGAGACAGAUUGGUGGGAAAUAAAAAUCCAGACUCCACAAGAGUGCACUCUCAGCUCCUGUUGAGCCCUCCUCUGGCAUCAGAACCCUGCCCCUUCAUAACCUCACACCUGCCCUCCUCUGCUCCCGCCAACAGCCCCACUCUGCCAUCGCUAGGACUCACCCCCCACCCCCCUCUGACCUCCUCUCCCACUGCCCCACCUCUGACCCUGGCUCCCCGCCUUAGCCCGUCCACCGAGGCCCUGUCCCCUCCAGCUCUCUGUCCUUGUCCAUCCCUGCUCUUUAGCCAGCCCACCCCCUUCCCCGCCGGUCAGACCCAGGCUUCAUCCGUGCCGUUAUGUACAGAUGAUCAGCGGGUUGAACCACCUAUAACAGUUUCCAGCAUCCAGCCACAGGGCUCUAGUGGGCAGGUGGACGUGAGAAUAGAGGAGACCGCAGAGGAACACACAAUGAGAUGCACACACACACUGAAGGCCCCAGCAGGCAGCUGUCUGGUGGAUGCAUGUCUGCCCGGAUCCUCGGGCCAUUUGUGCGUUGUAGCAGCCGGGAAGUGGGCCGUGUGUCUCUGGAGUCAGACUUCUGCUUCUGAUUGGAGUUUAACACACACCUGGGCUUUCAAUGAGCCAGUGAUCAAUGUGUUUCCUGUCCCGGAUGCUGCUGGGCUGAUCUGUGUCACUCUGGGUCAGCUGGAAAUCAGAGAAGUGAGGAUGCUGUCGUGCUCCAGCCUCUUGCAAGUGCUGCUCUGUGAGGGCGUCGUCCAAACUGUUGUGGGUGUGUCUAAGUCCAGAGUUGUUACCUCCUCCCACUCAGCAUCUGGUUCCACCCUGCAGGUGUUUACGCUGUCAGACAGUGGCAGCACAAGGAUCUCUCAGACUCUCGUGUGUCCUGGCGUUUGUGUCGGGGCCCUCGCUCGAGUGGACGGCCUUUCAGAUGCUCUCAUCGGCACAGAUGAGGGCGGAAACCUCUUUGUCUGGAAUUUAAAGACUGGACAGCAGCUGCGGAGAAUUAUCCUCGGAGAUGGUUUAUCACAUACUUCCUGUCUCAGAGGAUACUCUUACUGUGGAGUGUUGUUUGUCCUGCUGCAGCAUCAGUUGCUCAGCUCUCUGGAGGAAGAUACCAAAGAGGAAAGGAAGACGACAGCCCUGUUGUCUUUGGUCGCCGUUAACCCUCUGACUGGAAAAUCUGUCCUGGCUACUCGGCUGCAUCCACCCAAAGCCUGGUCUGGCAGGCUGUGUGAGGCUGACGUUCACCGCUCCAGCGUGGUUGGCCUGAGUCAGAGUGGCUGUGUGUGUGUGUGGGACCUCGGGCAGCGGGCCAGCUCCAGGAUGGUGUGGGCUCCUGAGAGCGAAGGCUGGGAGCUGGCUCGAUGGGGGGGUGGAGGUACGCUGGUGACUGGACAUCACAACGGAGACGUUACUCUACACUGUUACAGUACAAGUCAGGCCUCACCCUGCCAUGGACAUUAAAGAAACUCCUUCAAAUCACUCAAAUCAGAAUGUCUACAUAAAAUUUUUAACAUUCUAGGCCAUCUUACUGCUAUGAUUAAAGCAAUAUACUGUAAGCUCAAAAAGUCAUGGUUUUUAUAACGUAACAUAACCUCAACAAGACUGCAUUGUUAAAGGUGGAGUGCUUCUAAAUUGAACCUCCUCCAGUCUUUCUACACUAAUGUUUUUAGAGCGCCAGUAUCACACACUGGACCUCAUUGUGUGAGAAUGUUUACUUGAUGGUGGAUUUUUCACUUUUUAGACCACUGUAACCCCAAAACCACCUUUGUGUUUUAUUACUGCUGCUGUUUUGACUGUUCUUUACUGUGGUUACUUGAAUACAUAGUUAUAUUUCUUAUAUAUAAAGAAAAAGAAGUGUUGCCAAAGUUUGUUUUCAUAAUUGACAUUAAACAUGUGUAUUCAGUUGUAUUUUUGCCUACUUUUAUAUUGCUAAGGUUGACCAAACUCGUCUUAGACAUGCUGGAU